AUGUAUGUCACUGAAUUUCAAAAGCGAGGACUGCCGCAUGUGCAUAUGUUGUUGGUCUUAGAAAGUAACGAUAAGUUGCGUGACCCAAAAGAUUAUGAUAGUAUGGUAAGAGCAGAAAUACCUAAAUUAGAAUGUGAACCACAGUUGCAUGAAGCUGUUGUAAGACAUAUGAUCCACGGACCUUGCGGCAUAAUCAACCGAAAGUCUCCAUGUAUGAAAGACGAACAUUGUAAAAAAAGGUAUCCCAAACAAUUCUUGGAUGAAACACGUCAAGACACUGACUCAUAUCCCGAGUAUAGGAGAAGGUUUGAUGAGUCUGUAUCGUUAGGUAGAGAUAGGUCUGUCGAUAAUAGAUGGGUGGUUCCUUAUAACCCUUGGUUACUGUUAAAGUAUGAUUGUCACAUAAAUGUAGAGAUUUGCAGUAGCAUUAAAAGUAUCAAGUAUCUAUACAAAUAUGUGUACAAGGGCCCUGAUCAUGUGGCUAUGGAGGUUCAUAAAGGAUCAUACAUGGAUGAAGUUCAACAAUAUGUUGAUGCAAGAUGGAUUUGUGCUCCCGAGGCAUUAUGGAAAAUAUUUCGAUUCACUCUUUACCGAUUAUAUCCUUCGGUUGAAAGAUUGCAGAUCCACUUGCCGAACCGCCAUCAAGUGCGCUUUUAUGAUCAUCAGCAAAUUGCAGAUGUGUUAAAUAAUGAACGCAACUCCAAAACAAUGCUCACACAAUUCUUUGCAUUGAAUCUACGAGAUCCACAAGCAAGAAAGUAUCUGUAUAGAGAGAUUCCAGAGCAUUAUUGUUGGAACAAGCGGGGUAUGGAAUGGCAUCGUAGGCGAUCAACAAGAAAAGUUAUCGGGAGAAUAUAUACGGUAUCACCUUCAGAGGGAGAUAAGUUUUACUUGCGACUAUUGUUAUCGCAUGUCACAGGUCCAACCAGUUGGGAAUAUCUUCUUACAAAUAACGGCAUGACUUUCAGUACAUUCAAAAAAUCAGCCGAGGAUAGGGGAUUUCUAGAGACUGAUGAUAGUAUUCGUGAUUGUUUGGUUGAGGCUACGAGUCUCCGAAUGCCAUAUGCUUUACGAAGGUUAUUCGUGACGAUUUUAAUAUUUUGUGAACCUACUGAUGUUAGAGGCCUUUGGAAUGAGUUUUUUACACAUAUGGUAGAGGAUUAUCAAACAGCUAACAAUGUUGUGGAAUCAGACUUAACUAAUAUGUUGUUGAAGGACUUGAAUGAACUCUUAAACCUUCACGGUAAAAAGAUUGAUGAUUAUGAUCUCCCAUCUUUACCCCCUAAUACAAUAGACAGAGGUCCAGUUCCAAGUAUCAUACAAGAGGAGUUAGCGAUCGAUAUCCCAAUGAAGAUAUUGAAUCUAUUGCUAAGUUAA